AUGGUUAAGGCCCUGCAAAAAAAAUUCAAGAUGCCACAGCUAACAACUUAUUCUGGAAAAGGUGACCGUUACGACCAUAUGCAAAACUAUGAUGCGGUGAUGCUUCUACAUGGAUGGGAGGACGCAAUCAUGUGCAUUGCAUUUCAACUUACUUUAAUUGAGCAAUCACAGAAAGAGAGCCUGAAGGACUAUGUUGAAAGAUUCCGUGCCGCUACCUUAGAAGUACAAGAUCUUCAGGCCAUAGUGGCAGUAUCAGGAAUGCUUCAAGGGACAAGAUCAAGAGAUUUUCAAAAAUCCCUUUCCCUAGAUCAACCCCUUACUCUUGGAAAUCUAUUCAAUCAGGCUAAUAAGUUUAUCCUUUCAGAUAAUGUCAUGAGACACAUCAAUGCUGGAAAUAGAGAUAAGAAAAGGAAAGAUAGAGAUGAAACAAAUGAUGAAGGGAGAAAGACCAGAAGGGGAAAUGAACACAGACAAGUUCCAAAACUCAAAUUUGAGAACUUCACACCUUUGAGCCAACCAUAUUCUACCAUCCUAGCAAGUAUAGAAGGAUAUGGAAUCCUUACCUUUCCUCCUAAGUGUGCCAAGGAAAACUUAAAAGAUUUGUCUACUUGGAAGCAUGGAGAAAACGAGAAACCAUCUUACUCAAAAAAGGAAAGGUAUGAAGAUAACAAGGGGAUGAAUGAUAUAAAAAGACUCCAAGAUGAGGGAGAAAACCCCCACUUUAGACAACAAGCAUCUCACCCGGCAAUACAUGUUAUCAUUGGGGGUGAAACCUUAGCAAGUGAAACCUCUUCAUCAAGGAAGGCUUAUGCAAGGCAAGCUUAUGAAGUUAAUAACAUCAUGAAAACUCAAGAGAAUGAAGAACCUAUUACUUUUACUUCCGAAGAUAAAGGAGAUGUAGUCAUGCCCCAUGAUGAUGCCAUGAAUAUUUCAGCAACUAUUAUGAAGUUCUCAGUAAAGAGUAUUCUUAUUGAUAAUGGAAGCUCUAUAAACCUUAUCUAUUGGAACUGCUAUGAGAAAAUGAAUUUAUCAUAUGGUUGA